GCUUCCUGUUUGCCUCCCACUCAGUGCAGCAGGAAUUAGCAUAGUAGUGGGAGCAGUCCCAGGGUAGUCCAUGCUGGCUGGGAGUCCCUGCAGCCCCCCCACCCCUGUGACCCGGAACCUGUCUGCAGCCCCGGGCUGGGAGCUCCUGGGGGAGACCUUUAACCAGCAUGCCUGGCUGACCCCCUCCCCGGCCAUGGCGAGCUGGUCCUGUUAGUACAUCCCGCCGGGUGGAUUGUAGGAGCGGCUGGCAGAGCGGGGGGAGCAGGAUGGGGAACAGCACAUCAUGCUGCGUGUCCUCCAGCCCCAAAAUCAGGAGGAAUGCCCACUCCAGGCUGGAGAGCUACCGGCCCGAGCAGGACCUGAGCAGGGAGGACACCGGCUGCAACCUGCAGCACAUCAGCGACCGGGAGUACAUCGACGAUAUGAAUAUGGACUUUAACCCCUCAGAUCACCCACGGGCGAGCACAAUGUUCCUCAGCAAAUCCCAAACUGAUGUGAGAGAAAAACGAAAGAGUCUUUAUAUAAAUCACCAUCCACCAGGACAACUCAGAAGGAAGUACAGUUCCUGUUCUACUAUUUUCCUUGAUGACAGCACAGUCAGUCAACCGAACCUCAAGUACACGAUUAAGUGCGUAGCACUUGCAGUAUAUUAUCACAUAAAAAACAGAGAUGGCGAUGGGAGAUUGCUUUUAGAUAUCUUUGAUGAAAAACUUCACCCUCUUUCUAAAUCAGAAAUACCCACUGACUAUGAAAAGCAUGACCCAGAACAGAAACACAUUUAUCGUUUUGUUCGUACUCUUUUCAAUGCUGCCCAGCUGACAGCAGAAUGUGCCAUCGUGACGUUGGUAUACCUAGAAAGGCUCUUGACGUAUGCAGAGAUUGACAUAUGUCCUGCUAACUGGAAACGGAUCGUGUUGGGAGCGAUUCUACUUGCAUCCAAGGUUUGGGAUGACCAGGCAGUGUGGAAUGUGGACUAUUGCCAGAUUCUAAAAGACAUUUCCGUGGAAGACAUGAAUGAGCUGGAGCGUCAGUUCUUGGAAUUACUGCAAUUCAACAUCAACGUUCCUUCCAGUGUGUAUGCCAAGUAUUACUUUGAUUUACGGUCACUGGCAGAAGGCAAUAAUCUGAGCUUUCCGCUGGAGCCUCUGAACCGUGAUCGGGCGUGCAAACUUGAGGCCAUUUCUCGCUUGUGUGAGGAUAAAUACAAGGACUUCCGAAAAUCAGCCAAGAGACGUUCUGUGAGCCUUGAUAACCUGACUGUGGUUCGAUGGUCCCCGGCCAUCCUAUCUUAACAGUGACUUCUGCCGGACCCUUCAAAGACUCAUAUACUGUUUUGUCCAAAUAUUCUUUUGUCUUGGGGAAAGAAGACGUUAUUGAACUCUUUGAAAGCCUCCUUCACAGUGCCUCCCUGUCACAAGGAUGGGAAAUAUCAGUCACUUUCUGGAAUUGUUAUUUCAGCCAUUCCGUUUUUCUGUUUUUUUUUUUCCCCCCUAUUGCU